AGCGUGUGUAGUCAUGGCCGAAAGAGAUUGGAAAGAGUGUAUCAAAAGUCUGAAAGGGGUUGUGUUAGAUAUGUGCGGUGUUUUGUAUGACAGCGGAGAAGGAGGUGGUGUUCCUAUUCCUGGCUCUGUAGAAGCAGUUAAAAGGAUCAAGGCUUCGGACCUGCAGCUUCGGUUCUGCACAAAUGAGACCCAGGCCACGCGGGAGAAGUUUGUGGCCAAGCUGAAGAGGAUGGGCUUCGAUAUUUCGGUCAGCGAGGUGUUUUCGCCUGCGCCCGCGGCCCUGGCCAUCCUUAAGGAGAGAAACCUUCGGCCUCACCUGCUUGUGUACGACGAUGUGUUGCCUGAGUUUGAGGAUAUUGAUAAAACGGACCCAAACUGUGUGGUCAUUGGAGAUGCAGCAGACAAGUUUUCCUAUCAGAACCUGAAUGAUGCCUUCCGGGUACUCAUUCAGCUGGAGAAGCCGGUGCUUUUUUCUCUGGGCAGAGGGCGCUACUACAAAGAGACCGAUGGACUGAAGCUGGAUGUCGGGGUGUACAUGAAGGCUCUGGAGUACGCCUGUGACGUGGAGGCGGAAGUGGUGGGGAAGCCAGCCCCGAUGUUCUUCCAGAGUGCUCUGACUGACAUGGGCAUCCAGCCACAAGAGGCACUGAUGAUUGGAGAUGAUCUGAUCAAUGAUGUAGGAGGAGCCCAGAACUGCGGAAUGAGAGGGCUUCAAGUGAGGACUGGAAAGUACAGACCCAGUGACGAGAGGCACCCCACAGUGACGGCUGACGGGUAUGUCGAUAACCUGGCAGAGGCAGUGGACAUCAUCUUGAAGUACAGGGGCCAGUGAGACCCAGAAGCCAACAGCAGACCUGACCAUCCAUCUUGGAGAACGCUAGAUAGUUGUUGUGUGGCUAACACACAGUUGUAGGUGAGAUUUUGGAGAGGUCUCUCCCACUCCGUCCAUUAAGCCCAUACGUUUUGGAAAACAAAUUUAAGGAAGUCCCUUUUUCAAUACUUAGAGGGUGUUUAAAUAAUUUUUUGUCGAUGUCAGCCUGAAAUUUAACAAAGAAAUAGGUUGCACAAGCUAUGACGUACAUCACAACUUACACACUGAUUGAGUCAUACCCUUAAGAUUAGACCUUAGUAAUGAGUUUCAUAUGGAAGUAAUUUCCAAUGCACGGUCUACCUUCUUCUUCUUAACCCAGAGGUGCAUGUUGCCUUAAUUUUGGUGAUGACAGAUGAAAAUUAGAUUUAUUGUACUUGUAUAGAUAGGUUUGAAGUUUCUGUGUAGUUCUUCGAUGUGCAAAACAUGAUGAUAUAUGGAGACAUCCACUUAUUGCAGUUUGACCAGGUACCAGUACUCCUGAGAAGCUACAUGUAGUAGCUAGGUGUCUGUGGUUCAUUAACCUCAUACAACUUGAUUGAUUCUUUUGUAGGUACAGUAUAUUUUUGUGUGAGGACUAUCAUGAAUGCACAAGUGUUUUUGAGGGAAGUGUACCAGUGUCAUAGUGAAACGCUCUGUUCUUUGCACCUGGCGCAUAAAAAUCUUGUCUAUGCAACUUUACCGUUUCAUUGCACAGAGGAACUUGGAACGAUCAUGAUAGCUGCAAACAAUGUAGCACUUCUGUUUAAUUUAGUCUCUGGAGAAAUAAAAGUAGUAAAACGGUUUCAUUGUUUUUUUCCGUUGUCUGUUAUGAAAAGAGUUCUUGCAUGGAUUUGAUGGUAUAAGAGGAAUAAAAGGUUAAAAUAA